UCUGUUUCCAAGCAGCUUUCAAAAUGGCGCGCUUUGUGUUUUGUUUCAAACAUAUCAACUCCGCUAUAUUUUUAGAAAACUUGUAGUGCUUUUUAGGACCACCAUUUGGAUUCAUGUGACACAAUCUUACACCAAAUUAGAGGAUUUUAGCUGUGGCUACAUAACGCUGUGAUGUCGCAACAAGACGGCAACGGCCGACGGAGACGAUCCCCUCGAGUUUCGUCUUCCCGGUCUAACGAAAGCUUGUCAGGUGGAAAAUACAACAACAAUAGCAACGAGAAGUUAUCGGCCAGAGAAGGGGGGUCAGGCAGGAAGAAUGCUGCCAAUAAGAAGGGAAUUUAUCGCACUAGCAGCCAUGACCAUGUGCGCAAGCUGGUUGAACAGGAGGGGCGCACGGCCAGGAACUUGGUAACCUGGUCAGUUCCUGUCUCUACAAGUCAGUCAGAAGAAAAACCCAAACGCACCAAACCCCGGGUAACGGCUCGCAAGCGUUACUCCACGCCGGACAAAUCAGGCUCGUCGGAGCGAGAGGGCUCUCCCGUCACCAAGGGCGGUUCCAAGUCGCCUAACCGAGGUCGGUCCAGCCGCAAGACGUCCCUGUCUUCGACUGGCCGCAAGAGCGACCUGCGCGCCAGAUAUUGGAGCUAUCUGUUUGACAACCUGAAGAGGGCCGUGGAUGAGAUUUAUAGCACGUGCGAGGUGGACGAGAGCACGGUGGAAUGUCAGGAAGUGAUCAUGAUGCUGGAUCAAUGCCGGCGAGACUUUGCGGCGCUGAUAGAGCGUAUCCACGUACAAGACGCAUUCGAGAAGGCCGACCGCAAAGACAGACCGACCUCUUUGGCGUGGGAGGUACGAAAAUCCUCACCUGGGAAAUCCCUGGUUACCAGUCCCUGCACCGUCCAGGAACGCAACACAGACAGCCCAGUAAGAAGCCUGGACUUCACUGCUCACAACUCGGCUAGUGCUGUGGUCCCGCAUCCCAGUGCCCCGCAACAAUCCCCCCUAACCGGGCUAUCAUGGGCUGAUAAGGUCAAGGGCACUCCUUCGCCGGUGGCAAGCGCGUGUAAAAUAGUCCCUUCAAAUACUACGGCCUUCACGCAUAGGACAAAACAAGAAGGCGGCGCAGCUGAGAUUUCCGAGAAUAAUGGGCUGGAGAAUGGGUCUGAUAAUGAGGGCUGGGAGACCGUACGGCACGGGAAGAAGAACAACGAGCACGGUGGCAAGAAGGACUCCAAAGGGAGACCGCACUCGGCGACUUCUAGGGACAGUGCGCAGAUUACGCCCUCGCAAAACGGCAAGCUUAACCAUUUUACGGGUUCACCGAGCGUGAGAACUUCAAGUGAACGCCCAGGGACAAUUUCUAUAAAUGAAAAUAUCAAGAGUGUUAUUUCCAAGAGUGAAAACUCUCAGGGUGUAAUUUGUAAGAAUGAGAUUUGCAUGAGAGGGGAUUCUAAGAAUGGUGAAUCUAAAAGAAAUGAUCUGACGGUCGCUGCUGUUUCGGAGCAUAAUAGAACCAUGAAUGGUUUGACAAGGGAGAGCAGAGGUUCUUUGACCUCAGAUGAGGAAGAGGAGUUAGCCGUUCCUCUAGAUUACAGCGACAUCGAGCAAGAUGUCGACUAUGACGAAGAGCAUGAGAAGGCGAUAUCGGACGCUAUUCAGGCGGAGGAGACGCUUUCGCGGGAGAUGGAAGAGUGGCAUGAACAGGCUCUAGCCUCAGCCAUCGCCCACGAGAAGAGCCUGAAUCAGGAGAUCGAGAAGGAGGAGGCCUUUGUGACGGCUCUCAACGGGCAUGGUCUGACCCCUACCUCCGAGAUGGAGACCGAGACCGAGGGGGAGGGGGGUGACGCAGACAACAACGAAGAGACCAGUUUGGAUGGUUCCAGUAAAAAUAUCACAUGGGACGAAAUGGUAGCCAAAUACGAGGCUGACCAGACUUCUGGUGACGCACUGAGCUGGGGAGACGCAGUGGAGCAAGCUGACAGUAGGCCACCAGGUCGUGCCGUAGCCAUGCAUCAAAAGCUUUCCUCGCCUUCACGCAAACGGCCGCUGUCAGAGAAAAUAAGAAUACACGAAGAAAAACAGCUAAAAGCCCGGCAGCAGAGAGAGCGGCUUCUGGAGGAGAGGCUACAAAAGCUACAAAUCCUGUCUGAGAAGGUGGAAAAGGUGCGGGAUCUCCAGGAGGAUCUGCUCCAUCAACGACACUGUCAUCUAGAAGAGAAGCACCAGCGCGCCGAGCGGCUUCGCAUGAUCAUGUUACAAGAAAAAGUGCGCAAAGCACAAGAGGAAGAGGCUAAGGUUAAUGAAAUAGCUUUUAUCAACACCCUGGAAGCCCAGAACAAGAAGAUAGAAGUCAUGUCCAGGUUUCAGGGACACGAGGCCAGACUACAAGACCUGCAGGAAGAGCGCCAGAGGAAACGUGAAGAGCAACAAGCGAAAGAGGCUGCCGCGCAGGAGAGACGUCGACAACUAGAAGCCGAGCGAAUGGCCCGGCUUGAUGAGAUGCAGCAGAAGAAACUUGAACAGGAAGCCAAGUAUAAGAGAGAGAAGAUGGAGCGGGAAAAGGCUCGCGAGGAGGCCGCCAAGGAGAGAGCCAGAGAACGUGAAAUGCGUAUCGCUGCUAAGAAUGAAGCCCUACGCACGGCCGUGGAGCAGCUACAAUUGAAGAUCCAACAGAAGCAAACGGACAGCACACGAAGACACGAGCAGCAACUGGAACAAGUCAAGGAGAAGGCGGCCGCUGGCGUAUCUCGUCACCCAACCCUGGAGGAGGUCCCUAAUGUCACACCGUAUGACACCAAGAAGAUCUGCACUAUUUGCAAUGUCGAGAUUGUGUCUGAGGUCUACUUGCUCAGUCAUCUAAGGGGCAAGAAACACCAGCAGUCAUUAUUGGAUAAAAACAUCAAGCCAACACCAGAAGACAAGGACACCGUGUCAUUACAAUACAUCAAAGACAUGUCCACGGAAAACACAGAACAGAAGAAGAGGCAAAGUCUUGAACGUCAGAAAGCGCAGAAGAAACGUGCGAAAAAGCUACGGACAAGAAUGGCUGCAAAGGGACGAGAAUACGAGGGUACUUUGUCCAGUAGUGGGCCACAAAAGCACGAGUCUGCCAAGAAGUCCAGGUUGCAGAAAAUUGUGAAAGAUCUGAACAGGCAUCUUCAGAUGCAAGCUACCGGACCAUGGGCAACUACCCGAGUGGCCGCAUUAGAGAGGUCAUUGGGAGAGCUGGGUAGAAUACUGGACAGUAAGGAGAAAGCCGAUCAGGUGUCCUUCUUCAGCCUCGAUGGCCUUUCCGUACUCACCAAGAUCCUUAUGGUGAUCGACGUCUCGGAAUCUAAACUUGCUACCCCAAUCAUCCCCAGCAAGACGCUUUGUCACGUGGUCAAUACCGUCACGAUGGUGUGCAGGGAUUGCCAGGAGUCUAGUCAGUACAUGGUCAUGUCCAACAAGCUACCGGUAGCCCUGGACUUGCUCAUGUUCCAGCUUAGGAAUCUAAGCACAAGCAAGCAGGCUACACACCAAGGAAAGAAAACCCCUGACAAGAUUGAUCCCACCCCACCCCCCACCCCAUCUGGUGGGGACCCCCUGGCAGCGGCCCUAUUGCGGUUGGUCUCUACUGUUCUGAUGGCGCUCUCUUCUGAUCAGAGGGACGCAAAGGAGACGUCCGCUACAGCACAAAGGAAUCUGGACCUCAUCAGCUUCAUCGUAUGCUCUGACCUGAUUGAGGAUAUCAAGACCUACCUCAGCUCCAUCCGGGAACCCUUCGACGAUGAUCAUGUGACUAUAGAGAUGGUCCAAAGUUGUCUACAACUGGUCGCCUCCAUUGGCCUCUACCUCGGUUCCAGGAGUAGUGGGGUAUUUGAGGCGAAGAAAGACGACGUCACGCAAUUUGUACAGACAUUUAAGGAAACAGAACUUGUAGCAAUCAUUCCCACCCUGUACACGAUGCUUCUUCACUACGGCCACCCGCGUCACUCCUCCCCUCCCCCCACGCUGCCACAAUACCAGGUCUCCAUAGCAACCGAAGGCUUGCGCGCACUCAACAACAUGGCGGCCGUGGACCUCCAGGUUCUUCAGGCGUGCCUCGGCAGCGAGGGAAUCUCCUUGGAGUUUCGUCACAUCAUCAGCUACUUACUGUGGAUCUGCUGUGAAGGCCCGGCGGAAGACCUACUUCAUGAGGUCAUUCUGAUUGUUGGCAACUUCACUGUGCUCAAUCAAGAAAAUCAGGUGUUCGUACAGUCAGGACGUAACCCCACUCUACUGCAACAGUUGUGCUCCUUGCCUUUCCAGUAUUUCAGUGAUCCACGGUUGCGGAAUGUUCUCUUUCCGUCAUUGAUCGCUUCUUGUUAUGAUAACGAGGAGAAUAAGGCAAUUAUUGAACAGGAAGUCAGCUGCGCUUUGUUAGAGAACUUCUUACAGGACAAGCUACUUGAUGGGGAGCAAGACAAGCUCUUACCUUCUAAAAGUCGAAACACAUCAGCUGAUGACGUACCCGAGCGUUUCAGUCUCGAAUCCCGCUUCCCGGUCACCCUGUGGAACAAGGCCAGUGAUUUCCUACUGGGCACCGACUCGACCAAGGAAUGAGCCAGCGAUUUCUUACUUUGUUUUGACUUGACCAAGAAAAAAAACAUUGAUUACCUAGUGGGUACCGACUCGUACUCAUCAAUAUGCAAGGGAUUUUAGCGGCCAGUUCAUUUUAACUAACUGUAUAGCAUGUUUAUACACUAGCACUUCACGUUAUUCAAUGAAUAUUUAUAUUAUCUUAAGCGUGUUUAAGUGACAGUGUGAAAGCGUCUAUCAGAUCCCGCUAUAAUGGACACGUUUAACCGUCCACAAUGAGAGGCAGUGUCCGGCACUAGAUAUUUUAUUUUUGGAGAUGGGCGUGGACAGUUAGGCCCUUGUCUUUGGGUACCUGGCAAUGUCCUUCAGUUGCCACUAUCGUGAGCACAAACAUCGAGGCCAGUUAUUUUAGCCUUAUCAAGUGAUAGUCACAUCAAGCAAAAGUUGUAUAGCAGUGAAUUCCAUGCUUAUGGAUGUAUAAACAGUUUGACAAUUGA